GGAUAGUAGAAAGUAGGAUAGAGUUGGGCUUCGAAGGUGACGCGUCCGAGAUGUUAACGCGUUGACGGUUUGAUUGGCGAUCAAAUUUCUGUGUCGCGGAUCAUGCCGUCUCAACAUUCCCAGGCACCUGUCGGAUCAGUCUCGACAGGUCUCGAGGCUGCUAAGACUCGAGCUGCCUCCUGAUGCGAUCAUCAGGCGAUGACGAAUCCAGCGGCAGCGACUGUCACUUGUCAGUGAACGGUUCCUCGGCCCGGAGGCAGGCUUGCCCAACCCCGCCACAGUCGACCACGCCUGGUCAUUGCCGCGCAUCGUCUGACAGAUCCCUCUUCCUACGCACCAAUGCAUUCCCCCUCAAAUGCAAUAAUAUUCUAGCGAGAUAUACAAAUGCUCAUUACAACAACAAAUUGACGCCUCUGCCUCCAAGAAUUCGAACAAAGCAACAGUACAGUGGCCUACAAUAACGUCCGCCCCAUGGCAAGUGAUGCCUCAGUGGUAAUUAAACUUCAAUGUUGCCAUCGCGGCAGAGACCAAAGACUCACUGCGGUGGUUUCGAGUGUCUAACUCGCGGAUGUGCGACUGGGAUCUGCGCGCGCUAUGAGAUGAUGCAUCCGCCGUUGGUGCUGUGCGAUGUGUCUUCAUCAACGGGCUGGGGCUGGGGCUGAUCGCGCUCCUCCGACCUGCUCGAAGACAGGGCGUCGGUAGAGAAUAUGUCGAACGUGCACAAGGUGUCCAUGGGUGUCGCAGGGAGGGAGGGAUGGGUGUAUCGCAGGCCGCUGGAAUGCGGUAUGGGAGCAGAGGAAGGCGGGGACGUGCAAAGUGUGCGAACUGAUUCUUCAUCCACCAACCCCGCCCUCCUUAUAUCCCACCUCAACCAAUUGUUCUCCGGGCAGCGGGUUAAGUCCCGGCAGUCUCUUCUACACAAUAAACGAGCUUGCGCGUUCUUUCGUCCCCUCUCACCCACUUACAAUAACGAGAGUGAUCGGUUUCCCAAUCGGGACAACGUGUCGGUGCAGAACAAAAAGGUUCCUCCUGGCGCAUGGUCUGGUUCCAUGCGGGCCGGAUGACGAUUCGGGGAUUCGCGUCUCAAGUACGAAGCAUCGUCAGUUUUUUCGAGAUCCAUUCCUCGAUCCAAAGCAGCCCGUUUAGUCGCAGCGCACACCACAGCACCACUCCAUGCAGCGUUGCACUAGCUCCUGCAAUGCGUCUAUCUUUAGAACAGCGGGAGCAGCCUAAUGCAGGGCCGCCUUCGAUAUCCACCAGAAGCCGUCUGGCCUUCAUUCCAAGCUCGUCGAUUACUCUAUGCAACGCCCGGCAUUCGCGCUUCUUUCCGAAGGCCCGUUGGCCAACGCUUAAAGUGCGGUCCAGGUCGCGGCCCCUUCCACCCGCUUCAGCAUGUCCGACAUGUACUCUCCUGCGAGCAGCAUCCACGAAGAGGAGAGGUUUUCGCCCGAGCGGCAGUCCCAGGAGAAGCGGCUCGUGAGGAAGCUGGACAUUCGCGUUCUUCCAGCGAUUUUUAUUGUUUUCGUGAUGAACUAUGUCAAUCGAACAGCAAUAACAGCUGCUCGACUAAAGGGUCUAGAGCAUGACCUCCAUCUGACUGGUAAGCUCCGUGUCGAAUAUUCCCUCUCCGAUGCUCAGCGUGCACCAGACAUACAAUACAAUGUUGUGCUUUCGAUUCUUUUUGUGACGCUUUCGUUGGCUCAGCCGCCUUCGAACAUGCUUCUGAACAAAAUCAAGAGGCCUUCGAUCUACAUUGGAAGCUGCGUUGUGAUUUGGGGCGAUACCCAGGCCACUACGAACUUUGGCGGGAUACUCGUUUGCCGACUGUUCAUCGGAUUACCUGAGGCGUCGUUCUAUCCGGGAGCGGUGUAUCUUCUCUCUUGCUGGUACACGAAGCGAGAGCUUGCUUUCCGUGCAGCAAUAUUGUUCUCUGGCCUAGACUUUGCGAAUGCGUUCGGAGCGCUGGAAUCUUGGCUGGGAUGGAAGGGAUCUUGGGGAUCGCUGGAUGGCGCUGGUGCGAGCUUGUUGUUCAUCCUCGAGGGAGCCGCGACGAUAUGCCUAGGCUUUCUGGUGAUGUGGCUGCUUCCAGACUUCCCACGGAACACCAGGUGGAUAAGUGACAAGGAAAGCCGGCUAGCUCAAGCUCGUCUGGCCGAAGACGCUGGGGAAGCCGACCAGGACACCAUGUCGGACUCCUACCUGCAGGGGCUGAAGCUUGCUGUCGCUGAUCCGCUUGUGUGGCUGUUCUCGAUAGUAAUGUUAUCACAACACAUCGGAAGGAGUGUUGGCCAGUUCUUUCCUACUUUCGCCAAGACCCUGGGAUACUCGACCACCAUCACACUCCUGCUCACUGCUCCACCUUGGAUCGUUGCAGCCAUCAUAUGUCUGGUCAGUGCCUGGCAUGGAGAUAAGACCGGGGAACGAUUCUUCCAUGUGUCUAUAUGGAUUUGGGCCAUGAUGGUGGGCUUCAUCAUCAGCCUCUGCACGAUGAACGUCGGGGCGAGGUACUUGUCCAUGUUUCUCAUGGCAAUAGGCGACGCCGGCUGUACGAUGGCUAUGGUCUGGACGUCCAACUCCCUCCCCCGGCCUCCGGCCAAACGUGCCGUGGCCAUCGGCAUUGUCAAUGGUUUCGGUAAUCUCGGCACUCUGAUAGGAUCUUACAUGUGGAAGAACAAAUGGGCUCCCCGUUAUGCCCAAUCCUCAGAAAUCUCGUUAGCGGCUUUGGCCUUGAGCAGUGUGUUCACCAUCAUCAUCCGGCAGCGACUCAUCAAUAUGAACCGCAAAUUGGAUACGGACGAGAGCAUGAUAUCGGAAGAACGAGUGAAAAAAGCAGCCCAUCUCGAAGGUAUUACAAUCCAGCAGGCCAUGAACAAACGCAAAGGAUACCGAUACCUGUACUAA